CUCUUCAUCGUCAAUUUUUUUCUGUAUCGCGUUCAUUUAUUAUUUUCCUCCCCCGCGUACACACGAGUGGUGAUUGCAUAAUUUAUUAUGUAUUUAUAAAGAUUUGAAAUUUGUGCCCGCAGAUAUUGUAACAAAUACCUGCUACUGUAAUCUCUGGUGAAUUUUUGUGCGCAUCGAAUUUGUAACGACACAACGAGUGCAGCUUAUAAAAAUACACGGCAGAGAUACAUCGAGCGACGACGUCGAGCACACACAGGCCCCGACAGAAAACGAGGUGCAGCAGCAACGGUCGUUGGAUCAACGAGAUGCAACAUCGACAACAGCGACCACUGGAAUAGCAGGCGCGUAGGCCGAUGCUUCAGAGCUCGAGGAUCCGCUGGAGCGCAGCAGGCUGUAGCGAGGUGGAGCUGGGCGAGUACGCGAAGAAAGCAGCAACAGCAUCGUCGUCAUGGAGGUGAUCUCGUCGCGUCGAUACGAGGCUCGGCCGUCGGCCGGCGACUCGCACACGACAACUAUUCUAGUCGAUCCGGACAACUCGGUUGCUACGGUUAAGGAAGAGGAAUGGGAAACGCGCAAGAAAAAGGAGAUCACGACGACGCGGCAGAUCGAGACUCGCGUCAAGCGCCAAGUCGUACUGGAGGACGGCGAGGUCGUCGGCGACACCGGGCCCAUAGUCACGACCAACACGACCGAGGACGUCGAGCAGCAGGAGCAUACGACCCAAGAGAGACGCACGACCGGCGACGAGCCGCUGAAAGUCGACUGGCCGAGCAACGUCAAGACGGUCGGCCCGGUGGUGCAGAAGGAGCUCGAGGAGACGGUGGUCAAGAGCCGGGAAGAGGUCGAGGAGCGCGUUGAGACCGAGGAUCGACAGCACAUGGGUGACAUCUCCGACGAGGCGUACCUGCGAGCGGUGCGUAACAAUCGCGACGGCGACAUCAGACUGGCCUUGGCCGAGUCGAGACGGCAGCUGGCCGAGACGAGCGGCCUGAGCAAGGGUCCCAGGGUGCUGGCCCACACCACGAGGUCCAACAAGGUCAUCGACACGGAGAAGACGCUGGAGCGCAGCGAGCUCAAGCCCGAGGGACAGAUCGUUACCGAGAGAAAGACCACCGUCGAGCACGAGGAGAUCAAGGACGACGAGGCGCCCGAAGACUACGACGGCGAGGCGGCGAUCGAGGACUGCGGCGACAAGGAGCUGUAUCGCAAGGAGGCCACGCAGCGCUACCUCAAGCGCCGCGACGAGGACCUCGUGGACUACGUGUCGGCGAGCACGGGCGAGCGGCUGGGCCGCGAGAUGCGCUACGUCUCCGAGAGCACCGAAGCCGAGCGCACCGGCGACUGGCCGGGCCAGUCGGCCGAGGAUCAGCAGACCUUUUCCGGAUUGAGAAGCGCCAGUCAACAGGAUCGACUCUACAAGAAUGGCAUAACGUCGAGUUGUGGACCGCCGCCGCCUAGCGUACCACCGAAUCACUCGAUCCUCAACAACAACAGCAACAAUAACAACAACCUCAAGCACAGAAUCAACAACAACCACCAUCAUAGCAGCAGCAACGGUGGCCUGCACAAAAAAGUCAUAGAAGUCGUCACGGAGAGCAGUCAGAACGAGAACGUGGCGCGCAAAUUCGAGACGUCCAAGUGGCUCGAGAGCCACUUCGGCAGCGAGUCGAGAUCGUCGAGCGAAUUCGACGAGGAGGAGGACGUAGACGUCCUCAAAUCAGCAGCCAAAGACAGAGCCAGUAGUAAUAGUAACAAUAACACGAGCUUCAUCAACGUCACCAUGAAGUCCAACAACGUAGCCAGUGUCGAGGUCAAGACGUCCACGAGCAAGGAGCAAAACGUCGUCAAGAACCACAACAACAACAACGCCAAAGUCUCAACAAACAAAGCAGGAGGAGGAGGAGGCGGUUUCUUCCAGGGGAUCAGCGAGUGGUCCGAAAGAUACCAAUCAAUCGAGAAGCAAAGCCUGACGCAGACGAAAGCGUCGCCCGUGCCAUACUACGUAGAAUCGACGGUUCAGCGCGUCAACGGUCGCCACUCGCCGCCGCCGCCACCAACGAGUCAGCAUCAUCAUCAGAGCAGCAGCAAACAGCAGCAGGAGUACGUGAGCAGCAGCAGCAACUACGAGUCGAGAAAACCGCCGCAUCCGGAGAGAUACUCGCCGCCGCAGAGGCUCGUCGCCGAGGAGCGCACACCUUCGCCACCGCAAAGACGCAAGGCAAUGAAAGAACAGAUGAUGCGGUCGGAGCAGCGCAGCUACAGCCAACACAACGUGGUCGACUCGGGCUCCACACUGCCACCGCGUCCACGUCGCGGCUCGGCCGAUCGUCAGAGUCCACCGGUGCAGGUGAUCCGCGAGCGCACCGCCAGCCCCGUGCAGGUCGUGCCGGUGCCGGUGUCCACCUCGUCGUCGUCGCACCACCGUGUGAACAGCCCCGUGAACUUUGUCCAGCGCACCUGGGAGUCGCGCAGCCGCGACGAGCGACGCAGCGGCGACAGCAACAACAGGAGGAGGGCCAGCGUCGAGCGUCGCGCCACCCCCAAGAGAUACGACGAGAGCCCCGACAGAGCGACGCGCCAGAGAGCCAGUCCGGAGUCGAGGUCGCCCAGUCCGCGCGAUCACAGACCGACCAAAUCUCCCAGCCCGAAAUCCAAAUUCGGCGAGUCGUUCCGCAAACUCGUGGGAAAGCUGCGCUCGGGCAGUAGCGAGCGCAAGGCGACAUCCACUUCCAAUGGCAAACGCUCGAGCAACAACAACAACAACAGCAACAAUCAUCACAACGGAAGCGGCUCCCGAGAAGCCGACGAGGGCUCUUACCUUCAAUACAACAGCGUCGAUCGCAACGUGCCGCUCGGCAGCUACUACGAGGACGGCUCGUUGCGCAAGCCGCAUCCCGACAGGCUGCCCAAGUCGCCUCGCGUCCCCGCCGGAGUGACCACCGUCAACGUCAAUUCGUCCAAGGACUCGAUGAAGCGCGACGCCAAGUACAGAAGCCCGAGUCCCCGAGUCGACUACAUUCGCAGCCCGAGCCCUGUGGGCAGCGGCAGCGGCUCCCGACACCACGAGUCCUACAAGGAGUCGCGUUUCGAGAGGAGCGAGAUGACGAGUUCCGCCGCUCCCAGGGGGGUGGUCGAUUACUCCCGCAACAGCCCGGCCAGGCACGACUCUUAUCGCGAGACCAAGGUCGAUCAGCUGACGAGGAGGAGCCCGAGUCCUCGGCACUCGGAGUCGUUCCGCGAGGCCAGAUACGAUCGUAGCGAGCAGCAGAGAUUGGACAGAAUGAGAAGCCCGAGCCCGAGGCACGAGGCUUAUCGCGAGGCCAGGUACGAGAGAAGCGAGAUGAGCAGCAACAGCGUGCCUAAGGUCGAUUACGUGAGGAGCCCCAGCCCGAGACACGAGUCCUACCGAGAGCCAGUGGUCGCGAACAUUCCAAAGGUCGACUACGUCAGGAGUCCGAGUCCUGCGCGUCACGAGUCCUCGUACAGGGAGGCCAGGUACGAGCGCAGCGAGAUGAAAAAUUCCAGCCAGUCGCGACUCGACAAGAUCAGCAGCCCGAGCCCGAGACACGAGCCGUCGCCUUACAGGGAAGUCCACAGCAACGACUACGCGAGGAGGAGCCCGAGCCCACCUCGCCACGAGUCAACCUACAGGGAGGCUCGCUACGAGCGCAACGAGAUCAACAAUCAGCGACUCGACAGGAUCAGAAGUCCGAGUCCCAAACACCGAGCUGCGGAUUAUCGCGAGUCGUCCAGAGUCGCGCGAAGCAGCGAGGACAGGAUCGACAGCAACAGAUACGAGCCUCGCGAGAGCUCGAGGUAUCCCCGCGGCUCGCCCAGUCCCAAAGUACCCGAGUACGCGACUCCGAUCCGUCGGCUCGAUCGUCGCGAGUCCGCCAGCAAGUACGAUCGGCUCGAGUCGACCAAGACGACGACGGUCCCGGUGGCAGCUCCGAAGCAGGACUACCGCGAGUCCAAGUACUCGUACGAGCGCAGCAGCGAGACCAGCUUGCCCAGGCCGGACUACAACAACGGCCGAUCGGCCAGUCCCAGGGUCGAGAUCGUGUCGCGGCCGAGUCAGGAGUACCACAGGACGAGCGAGGCGAGGCACGAGCAGCAGCAGCCGCCGCUGCACAGAUACUACCUCGGCGAGGAUCCCUACGGCAACGUGUACGAGAAGAAGAAGGCCUACAGCAAAGAGGCCAGCAACAGCAGAGUCCAUCAUCAUCGGGGCAGAAGCAACGCCGAUGAUCAGUACAGUGGUGGCGGUUCCAGCACACUCGGUCGCCUGAGCAAGUCCACGAGUCGCUUGGCCAGCGAGACCAUGACCACCACGUCGUCCUCGUACAGCAACAGCUCCCAGACGCUGCCCCGCAAGAUCCACCAUCACGCCUCGAGCACGAACCUAUCCUCGACCAACAACAACUCCUCCUCUAAACAACGCCAACAAGCCUCGAGCAGUAGUCGUAGGUUCGAGUCUUUCUCCCAGGAACAGCAGCAACAACAGCCGACCAAGAGGUACGGCAGCAUGGUCAAUAUAUCGUUUCGCAACAACGUCAGUCCGCCCAAGACCACCACCACGCACUUCGUCCAGAAGACCAUCAGCACCGAGCCGCCACCAUCGCCGGCCAAGGACAAAAUCUACAAGUCCACCCUGUCGAGGAGCAAGAGCUUCAACGUCGAGAUCGCCGACGACGGCCUGGUCAGUGCGCCCAAGAGCGCCGGCUUUACCAGCGACAAAUUCAUCAAUAUAAAUAACAACAACGCGAAGCGCGACGACGAAACCGAUUCGUUGGAACGAUCCAAGAGCAACGGCAGCAAAGUGAUCAACAGUAGUAGCAGCACCACCACGACCACGACCACGAGCAGCAGCUCCAACAUAAGUCGGAGCAACAGCACUGCGGCCAAGGUGACGGUCACCACCAACACCAGCAACAGCAGCAACAGCGGACCCGCGGUCGUGGCCAAACCCCCCAGGCCGUUGAACAAACUGGGCGAGACGGCUCCCCUCAAGAGUCCGGGCCUCUUGUCGAGCUUGAACAGUCGCAAUCGCGACCAGCUUCCCAACUGGGCCACCAGAAAUACUUGCGUUAAAAUUUAAUGUUAUAUUAUCCUAUAGAUUGAAAUUUUGAGCGAUUUCAAGAACUUUUUUUCACUGUAAGUUAAUUUGCACGUCGAGUAUACUACUACUUACCCAUAUAAUAUAAUAUAUUGUUGAAUGAAUAAAAAAUUGCCAUAUAUAACUUAUACAUACAUACUGCAAUAUGCAUGUCUUUGUUAAAGCUUUGUUAAAUGUGACAUGGUUGACAAAAUAACGAAAUGCCUCUCGGAUGUAAUUAGGCAAGAUGCAUGAAAUUUUUAUUACUGUAUACGUAAAUAUAUAAUAUUCUAUACGCACAUCGUUUGAGUACACCACAGAUUAGAAAAAGACUUCGUUUUUAUCCUUACUUGAGAAAUUUUAUGAAACACUUGAGACUUGUUGACAAUAUAAUUUUAUAUUUUAUAUAUUAAUGAUAAACUCUUCUUUUU